GAAGUUAACAAUUGUUGGAAUCUGAUGAGCCUAGGAUCAUCCUUAGCAUCGUUUCAAAAUCUCACCACCUUGAAGGUGUGGAAAUGCAAAGGAAUGAAAUGCUUAGAUACAUGUCUAGCAGUGCAGGGUCUGUCUACACUCAAACAAUUGAUCAUAAAAGAAUGCAUUUCAAUGAAGGAAAUAGUUGGAAGUGAGGAAGAUGAAGCAACGUGCGAUAUUAUAUUCAGCAGGUUGAAAAGUUUGGAACUUGUGAGUCUACCACGACUUAAGAGAUUUUUUUCAGGCAACCACACAUUUGGAUUCCCAUGUUUAGAGGAAGUGAUAGUGAGUGGCUGUCCUGAGCUGGAGAUAUUUUGUAAGGGAGUUUUAAAUGCGCCGUUGUUGCAAAGUGUAGAAUAUGGAGAAGGUAAAGAACAUUGGAGUGGUGACCUUGACAGCACUGUCCAACAAUUGCAUUCAAAAAAGGUUGGGUACCAAGGCAACGGGUAUUUGAUCCUAUCCGAAUUUUCCAAGUCAAUGGAAAUAUGGAAGGAGAAAAGUGUAGAUUUCAAGAACCUACAAGAUUUAGAAGUCGAGGAAUGUAAUAGCUUGAAAUACAUAUUUACCGUUUCCAUGGCCUUGGAACUUGUGCAAUUGGAACAUAUAACAGUGAAAAGAUGUCCCAUGAUGGAGUACAUUAUCAAGAAAGAAGCAGAGGAAAAUGCGAUGGAUACAGUCUGGCUACCAAAUCUUAAGAUGAUAAGACUGGAGUCAUGUUCAGAGUUGAAGAGUUUUUGCAUGGGAAAUAUAACUCUGCAAUGUCCAUCAUUGCAUACAAUUAAAGUAGAUGAUUGUCCAAAGAUGUAUGCAAUGACAUGUACAAGAGAUGGCGAAAACACACCCUUUUUCAAUGAUAAUGUUUUGUGUGCCAAUUUGGAAGGGUUGGAUUGUGAAGGGUUGCCACAAUUUGGAAUAUAUAGUUCCAUCCUUUUUAAUCAAAAUUUUGUUGGGACUCGCUCAACUUAG